AUGGUCAUUACUACAUGGCUUCUCAGUGCAGUGUUCAUCAAUUUAGCUUUCUACACACGAGCACUGAUUUGCCGGUACAAUUGCGAACGGCUUACCACCGAUGAUGGUCGGUAUGGGCCAGUGAUGUACCUUCUUUUUACGUUCUUUGUUUCCGGUUUUCCGGCGCUGUCUUCGCUUAUCGUUGCUUUGUAUCUGCUACGGGUUGUCAGAACACAUCGAAAGCAAAUCGCCGAAGGCUAG